AAAAAAAAUACAUUGAACUGUCAAACUCCGAUUUACUAUCGUGAAGAAAACUUUUCUCUCCGUCACCAUGGGUAAAUUCCAAAACUUUGAAUUAAAUGAACAGCAACGCAAACUAGAGUUGCAAAAACAUCAAAGACGCAUGGAUCUUCGUGCACAGUUCUGGAAGGAUAUGACUGAUCCAAACCGACAUGGCUCAGGCGAAGGUGGUUUUAUGUUUGACCCAGCCUUAUAUCGGUUCCAAGCGAUGCGAGCAUCACAUGCAGAGUACUUCAAACCAACAGGAAAAGCAGCUUUUUGGGGUUUUGCCAUUCUUAUCGCACCAGUGACUAUUUUCUACAAACUUGCAAAGAGAGAACGUGAUGGACGAGAACAAAAAUAUCGAAACGGUGAAGUUUCAUACGCUGAUCGUGAUUUCAAAUUUGUCUGAAAUGUUUUAUUCUUUAAUUCAACUGUUUAUGCAUGCCAAAGCGUUCUGAGUAAAACACCAAUGGCAUUUCAAAGCGUAGUGUAAAAAAAACCUUAUUCAAAACUAAAAUCGAAAUAAAAAUUAUUACAAAAGAAAUAAAAGCGUUGAUUACUUAAUUUUAA